GCCUAACGUACAUUCUUGCAUGCUCUGUAUUUGAGCCAAUGGCUUCUAACAAAGAUCAAGACCAGCGGCCAAAGCCGAGUAGUUUCCGCUCUAUCAUUGCGGGCUCUACAGCCGGAGCUGUUGAAGUUGCUAUAACAUAUCCCGCAGAAUUUGCAAAAACACGAACCCAACUCAAUCGCCGAUUACCUGAUGCUGGAAAACUGCCCUGGCCGCCAUUCGGUAAGCAGUGGUAUGCUGGAUGUACGACACUGAUUAUUGGGAAUUCGUUGAAGGCUGGAAUUCGCUUCGUCGCAUUCGAUAAAUUCAAAACACUGCUUCAAGAUGAGAAUGGGAAUAUCUCAGGACCGAGAACUGUCAUUGCUGGAUUCGGUGCCGGGUUUACAGAGUCUAUUCUCGCCGUGACGCCGUUUGAGAGUAUCAAGACUCAACUGAUUGACGACCGCAAAUCCGCAAAUCCACGCAUGCGAGGUUUUCUUCACGGCAGUAAAAUCAUUGCCCAGGAACGUGGAAUAAGAGGUUUCCUUCAAGGUCUCGUACCGACUACAGCACGACAAGCCGCGAAUUCAGCGGUGCGGUUCUCGAGUUAUACCACUAUUAAGCAGUUUGUGCAGGGAUAUGCUGCGCCGGGAGAGAAGUUGGGUGUUCUUAGUACUUUUGCGAUUGGUGGUGCUGCCGGGGUCAUUACUGUAUAUGCCACACAACCACUUGAUACUGUGAAGACGAGAAUGCAAUCUCUGGAAGCGAGAAGAAACUACAAGAAUAGUUUCGCGUGCUUCUCACAAAUUAUCAAAAACGAGGGUGUCUUGACUCUUUGGUCUGGAGCAUUACCACGUCUUGCGCGACUGAUUCUGAGCGGAGGAAUUGUGUUUACCAUGUACGAGAAGACGAUGGAAGGGUUGGAUAAAUUGGACCCUGAACGAAAAUACAUCUAAUACCAAGCAAUGCCAAUAUUCAACAAGUCUUUACAGCCCAUUGACUAAUAUAGAAUGUAUUAUACAUCUAUGAUCUUACUAAUAUACAAGACUAGCGUCAUAAAAUCUACAAGCUUCGAGAAUUAUUCUCCUUCUCCGCUUCCUCUAUCAUCAUCAUCUGUACAUCCCGAUCAACAAGCCAUGUGCGGACACUAUCCAUAACAGUCUCCAAUCCAUGGCCACCAUCAAGCACACUGU